UGUUUGUUUAUUUGAGGGGAGUUCUGAUGAGACUGAUAUUCUGUUAUAACACUGUCUGUAUUGCAUUAUCAUUAUAGGUUUCCUGUAUAUGUUUUUUCUAGAUCCUCCCUGUUGCCACAUAAUGAUGCAACUAAGGGUUUUGCCAGUAACCAUGGCAUAAUAUGUUUUUACUGCUUGGAAUUUUAGCAUGAGGGCCUUGGAUGGUCUAUGAGUUAUGAGCAGAUAUAAAUACAUUAUUAGGUGUAUGUUUGAAUAUGAAGACUACAGAAAGGAACACUGAUCCUGUUAUGAUCAAAUUGCACUGUAAGAUUCAUGCAGUCUAUAUUAUACUGCAAUGUUAACAUGCCUUUACAUGCCUUUAGAGUGUAGCUCUCUAUGUUCUAUUGAUAUGCUGCUGCACAGUCUCAGGUUAAAACACUGUCUGAUUGUACAACAUUGUUGAACAUUGGUCAUUACAAAUUAAUUGUGCAGUCAUUACAAAUUGAAGAUUGUGUAUUUUGCACAUAUUAGUUGAUUAUGCUUGAUUAUCAAGUUUUUAACUUGAUUAUUGUUAUUUUAUUGUUAAUACUUGAUAUUUUCUUUAAAGAGGAGCUCUGACAGUUCCCUGGAUGUGUAGGUUAUGGUAUCAUAUUUCAAGUUUUGGUCACCUUUGGUUUCCUUUAUCAUAGCCUAAAAAGUACAUUGAUUCAUAGAUUUAUAUGAUUUGAUUCUGGUAUGUGAAUUCUGAGAGCUUAAAUAAAUGGGGUUCAUACGCACAUUAUUUAUUAUCAUUUCAUCGCUUCGGUAAACGUGGGUACUGUUUAAAAAGACCAAGUAUCAAAUCUGGUUGGUGAGAGAGGCACAUUCUCUGACGAAACAUCUUUACGACACUCAAAGUAAACACAAACUGCUUUACAGCAGCACUAAACAUGGUGUCCCAAUUUAGCGGUGUUUUGCAGUUGACAGAUCUAGAUGAUUUUAUCACUCCUUCCCAGGAAUGUGUGAAACCAGUCAAGUUGGAGAAGAAGCAAGGCAGAUCUGUGGCUAAAAUUCAAAUAGAAGAUGAUGGGAGCUAUUUCCAGGUUAAACAGGAUGGUGGAAAGCAGAAGCUGGAGAAAGCUAAGAUCACUCUGAAUGACUGCCUGGCCUGCAGUGGCUGCAUCACCUCAGCUGAGAGUGUCCUUAUCACACAGCAGAGUCAUGAAGAGAUUUACAGGGUGCUACGCAACAACAAGCAGGCAGGUGUAGCAGAGCAGAAGGUGGUGGUGGUGUCUGUGUCCCCACAGUCCAGAGCCUCCCUGGCAGCACGCUACGGCCUGAGCAGCAGUGAGGCAGGCAGGAGACUCACCGCCUUCUUCAAGGGUCUGGGGGUUCACCACGUGUUUGAUACCAGCUUCAGCAGGACCUUCAGCCUGUUGGAGAGUCAGAGAGAGUUUGUGGAGCGGUUCCAUCGGAAGGAGCAAGACAAGCAGGCCCUGCCCAUGCUGGCCUCUGCCUGCCCAGGUUGGAUCUGCUAUGCAGAGAAAACCCAUGGAGAGUUCAUCCUGCCCUACGUCAGCUCCACCCGCUCCCCACAGCAGAUGAUGGGCUCUCUGGUGAAGGGCUUCUUCGCUGGCCAGCAGGGCCUGAACCCACAGCAGAUCUACCAUGUGACUGUGAUGCCCUGCUAUGAUAAGAAACUGGAGGCCUCCAGGCCUGACUUCUACCUGGAGGAGGCUGACACCAGAGAGGUGGACUGUGUCAUCACUUCAGGAGAAGUUCUGAAGAUGCUAGAGGAAGAGAAAGUGUUGCUCAGCGAUGUGGAGCCAGCCCCAUUAGAUAUAAUGUUCAGCAGUGUGUGUGGUGAUGAGUUGCUGGGCCAUGCAGGGAGCGGUUCAGGAGGAUACCUCCAUCACGUGUUCACACACGCUGCCAGACAGCUGUUUGGAGAGGAGGUGAAGGAGCUCACCUACAAGACACUCAAGAACAAGGACUUCCAGGAGGUGACCCUGGAAAGGGACGGUGUGGUCGUGCUGCGUUUCGCCGCAACCUACGGUUUCCGCAACAUCCAGAACCUGGUGCAGAAACUCAAGAGGGGAAAGUCACCCUACCACUUCGUAGAGGUCAUGGCCUGUCCGUCAGGUUGUCUGAAUGGGGGAGGCCAGGUGAAGCCCUUACCAGAGCAGAACAACAAGGAGUUGCUGCAGCAGGUGGAGGAUCUGUACAAGGAGGAGCGCCCUCUAGUGCCAGAGGAGGACCAGCACGUGGCAGAGCUUUACCAGUCCUGGCUACAGAGUGUAGGAGAGGAGAGAGCCAGGGAGCUGCUGCACACACAGUACCAUGCAGUGGACAAGGCCACCAAUGGACUCCUUGUCAAAUGGUGAAGAAGAGGGUGAAAGGAUGUUGAAGGGUUUCUGUAAGUGAAUGGUCUGUCCUCAAGUGUCAGGGUGCAUCUCAAGUGUCUAAAGUAGCCUUCUCUGUUUCAUCUCCAUUGAGUUUAACACAGGUUAGGUGGAAGCAACAUGGCCGGUUCUUGUUGGGUAUUUUCUGUCACCUGUCUUAGUUCUUUAAUAUCAGUAGAAAUAAAGAAAAAGGCAUGAUGCACAUACA